AUGAUCAAUGAGAUCGAACGAAUUCAUGGAGCAAACGCAUUACGUGGCAAUCACUUUGAUAUUUCGGAUAUUCUCGAUACAAUCGACAACAUCAUUUCGCUGCAGGAAACGACCGCGCUAACAAUGGAGACACUUCUUCCAAGCACCCUCCAAACAAGCAACCGUCAGGACAAAGUACUGACAGCCGAAAUGGGAAGAGGAGAAAGGAUAUCUCGAGCAGGUUAUAUCUGGAGUUAG